GCACGCGGGGCGGGGAGGGGGCCCCGGCGGAUAAAGAUGGCAAUGUCUCUGAUCCAAGCGUGCCGCAGCCUGGCUCUCUCAACAUGGCUGCUUUCCUUUUGUUUCGUGCAUCUGCUCUGCCUGGACUUCACCGUGGCCGAGAAGGAGGAAUGGUACACCGCCUUCGUGAACAUCACCUACGCCGAGCCCGCGUCCGCGCCCGAGCCCGGGGUGGCGGCGGCCGGCGGCGGCGCGGAGCUGCACACCGAGAAGACCGAGUGCGGGCGCUACGGAGAGCACUCGCCCAAGCAGGACGCCCGCGGGGAGGUGGUCAUGGCCACCUCGGCCCACGACCGCCUGGCCUGCGACCCCAACACCAAGUUCGCCGCUCCGACCCACGGCAAGAACUGGAUAGCCCUCAUCCCCAAGGGCAACUGCACGUACAGGGAUAAGAUCCGGAACGCGUUCCUGCAGAACGCCUCUGCCGUGGUUAUCUUCAACGUGGGCUCCAACACCAACGAGACCAUCACCAUGCCCCACGCAGGUGUAGAAGACAUAGUGGCCAUAAUGAUUCCUGAGCCCAAAGGGAAGGAGAUAGUGAGCCUGCUGGAAAGGAACAUCACUGUGACCAUGUACAUCACCAUCGGCACUCGGAACCUGCAGAAAUACGUCAGCCGCACUUCGGUGGUGUUUGUCUCCAUCUCCUUCAUCGUCCUGAUGAUCAUUUCUCUCGCGUGGCUGGUCUUUUAUUAUAUCCAGAGGUUCCGAUAUGCAAAUGCCAGAGACAGGAACCAGCGUCGACUGGGAGAUGCAGCAAAGAAAGCCAUCAGCAAGCUCCAGGUCAGGACCAUCAAGAAGGGUGACAAGGAAACAGAGCCUGAUUUUGACAACUGUGCAGUUUGUAUCGAAGGGUACAAGCCCAACGACGUGGUCAGGAUCCUGCCCUGCCGGCAUCUUUUCCACAAGUCCUGUGUUGACCCCUGGCUUCUAGACCAUCGCACCUGCCCCAUGUGCAAGAUGAACAUUCUUAAAGCCCUAGGGAUCCCGCCCAAUGCCGACUGCAUGGACGAUCUACCUACCGACUUCGAGGGCUCUCUGGGAGGUCCACCCACCAAUCAGAUCACAGGUGCCAGUGACACAACAGUGAAUGAAAGUUCCGUUACUUUGGACCCUGCUGUCCGGACUGUGGGAGCCUUGCAGGUGGUCCAGGAUGCAGAUCCCAUGCCCCAUGAGGGGGAAGUCAUCUUCACUACUAACAGUGAUCAGGAGCCAGCUGUCAGCAGCGAUUCUGACAUCUCACUGAUUAUGGCAAUGGAGGUUGGACUGUCUGACGUAGAACUUUCCACUGACCAAGACUGCGAAGAGGUGAAAUCUUGAAAUGGUAGAUGAAGAACGAAGAGAUAGUAGGACCCAAGGGGAAGGCAGGGAGGAGUGCUCCAAAACUUGACCCGGGCACACACACCUCCAGAACACCUCGGCAACUCCAGGGCGCUCCGUUCAAGAAUGGUAACAAAAAGCAGAACUCAAGGUCUCGGGAAUCAGGAUGCAGUUUCUCCAUCUCGACAGCAGCCCGUGGCCCUGGCAGCUUGCAAGCUGAAAGCUGGUUUCCUCUCCUAUGUCCUCGUCGACAUACACCUCACAAGCUCCUAAAACAGGCUGAAAGGACACCCUUAGGGUUUCUUAGUUUCAUUUCACGUUCUUCCAGGUUUGAUUGUUCUUGUUUGGGAAUCCUGUCCGAUUUCUUUGGCUAUUUCUUUCAAAGACUGUGUGUGUAGUCGACUUCACAUCUGCUCUUUGUUUCUCCUUUGAUCCACUCCGGCUUUUGUAGAGUUCUGUUUAGAAGCAGCAGAUCCUGCUGGGUUCAGUCUGUAUCCCACCUCUGAAAUCCAUGGUCACGGCCUCCGAGCAUGAAUGUGCAUGGCUUUGAGAAGUGCCUCAGCACCCGGAAACAGUCCAAGGUCAGCUUUCCUGAAGAAUCUAAGUUCCUCUAAGUGGGUCUUAAAAAUUCCGGCUAUCAGAGACCCCAACACCAAGCUCGGUAUCUGCUGAGGCCUCUGCCCGUUCUGGUAAGCUCCUUCACGCUGGCUUCCACUUGCCAGGCAAUGUGGGGGGGCCCCUGCAACCCGAGUCGGGAGCUCAACUCAUGUGAGUUUUAGGGUUUCAGGGGUUCAGACUCCAAACUCAGAAGUUCCCUCCUGGGAAUUAACACCAAUUUUUGGUGACUCGAGUGCUUGUGUCUGGGGCGGCAAGCCUAUUAAAAAGAGAUCCCAUGUGUUCUUCCCUCUGGAAAAAAAAAGCCUGUUGCAUUCGUUUCCCCAGGGCUAGAAUAGCUUUUUGUUACCUCAGUAAGUGGGUUCUGCAGGUGAAGUAGGAUAAUCUGAUCUUUUUUAAUCCAGUGGCAAUAGCGGAGCUGCAGCAGCACCAGGUUUUACGUUAAUUCCGACACACUUCUAUUAAUUCUCACCAGAUCACAUGGAAGGAUUUAGAUGGAUCCUCAGUAGGUUGCUUCCCAGGGCUCCCCGAGUGUGGCAAUGCCUGGGAAUGAGGUGUAAGUUGAUAGAUCAUUUGAACCCAGAAGUACAGCAGAGAACUUUGCUAAAUCAACCUUAUCCUGACUGAAAGAAAAAGUAGGGGGGCCAGGAAAAGAAGUAUCAAAUGAAUACUAAAACCUACCAGAGUUUUUUUAAAACUAUGUUUUUAUUCGUUUUUUUUUUUCAUAACUAUGUCAGAAAUGCGGUAUUUUUUCAGUGGGCUGUUUUGUAAUACAUUCAGAUCAUCCAGAUGCAGGGAUGACGACGGGAAGGAAUAAUUUCUCUGGCCAAUCCAAUGGCUCACCUUCUGUCAUAGCCAUCGGUGAAGGCCAUGCAGUUGGUCAGAUUAACUAUCGAUAUAAAAAAAGCUUUUCUCAGUGGUUGUAUUUACAUCUUUGGUGAGGGCUUUUCCACCUCAUUACACUAAUAAUGCAUUCAAACACACAGUCUGGUUGUGCUCUAAAACCUCAACCUCUCCUUUUGAAGGGUUGAACAGCAUGAGUCCCAAGGCUCUUCCUGGUUUUCGAACCACUGAUGGGCAUCUUACCAGGGGCAUGCCCUUUUUUUGCGUGGGUGGAGGGCAGAUAGCCAUGACAUGUAGCAAGCAGGCUUCAUAGUACUGGGGGGCAGUGACCUGACAUGUCCUAACAGCCUUUGAAAUUUGCACUCCUCUGUUACUGAGAAUGAAGAUCUAAAUAACUGAAGUUCAAAGUCCAAGUAAGAGUUGGCUCGGUUUGCCUUGUUUUGGAGCUGUUGCUCACCAGAGUUUGCAAUCUUGAGAUAUCUUCAGAUCCUAGAUUGCCAUGUGAAGUUCUUGAUGUCGGUUAUUUUUCCUUGAUCAGCAUAGGCCUGUGCUACUCACUCCAUCAGUCCUCUUUAUGCAAAACAAAUUUGAGUAUAAUUUCAGUGGAAUUAGAAGGACAGCUGAACCACAAACACAUACGUACAUUGUAUUCCGUUCCCAGGGGAAAAAUGUCUUUUGGAUUGCAUACUUUUAGAUGAGUGUCUUCACUUCUUGCCAGUGACCAUGUAAAUCAGUAAUUGACUGCAUAUGCAGACCCUGGACACAGCAGUUUCUGUAGACUGCUGUGUAGAUGAUGAGGGGUCUAAGAGGUCUGAGGCCAGUCGAUCUGACCCCAAGAGUCCCCAUGAGCCUAUGGGAGUCUCCAUUACCAAAGGUUUCUUUCUCAGAGUAUUUUGUUUUGUUGUGUUUUUGUGGCUUUGAUAUUUUUAAAAUAUAGAAAAUAAAGUUUAACCAGCAUAGAAGUGUUCAAAAGAAAGAGAAACAACCUUUACCCAUAGCCUUCUUUACCACCUCCCCCAAAUCAGACUCUGACCUGGGGACCCAAUGAUCUAAAGAUGAAUGUCAAAGGAGGAGACCUUCUGGAAAUAGAUGCACACUGUAUAUGUAUUUGCAGAUGUUUUUCCUGUAGCAAGGGUCCAGACCAGGUGCACUGUCCAAGAGAAAUACAAUGCAAGUCACACGUACCAUUUUUCAUUUUCUAGUAGCCACAUUUGAAAAAGUAAAAACAGGAAAAGAAUAUAUUUGACGUAACCCAAUAUGACUUUUCAACAUGUAAUUAAGGUAAAAAGUACCAAUGAGAUAUUUUAAUUUUUUGUACUAUCUUCUAAAUCCAUUGUGUCUAUGAUACUCACAGCACAUCUCAGUUGGGACUAGCCACUCUUCAAGUGCUCAAGAGCCACACAUGGCCAGUGGCUACCGAUGGGACAGUGCAGAUCUAGAACUUCUCCAAUGUUCUCACGAGAACCCAUGACCCUUCCAAAAUAGAAAGGUUUGAAGCUUCAUUUCUUUCAGAGAGGACUAGACACUACCCACGUCACCUCGUGAGAGGCCCAAAGAUCCACUUGUUUGUAGUGAGUAAUUUCAGGCAGCCCUUUUGGAAAUUUCUGCUUGUGCUUUAUAACCACACUGAUGUUCAUUAUCACUGUUACUUCCUGGACCAGUUUUUUUCAUUUAUUUUUUUUUUUAAGUCACACAAACCAUGUUGAUUUGGUGCUGAAAUAAAAUUCUUUUUCUCACUUCUAUAACAAACCCUUAAACUGAUAUGUGGUACUUAGGAGCCAAAGAAAAUUCCAGGCUGACUUCAUCCAACUUUACCUCAACCCCUAGGUUCUCCUUUGUGGGUGGCAGGUCCCUCAUCCCUGUGCCCUCUAACCCCAUAGCUAUAGCUAAAAUGCAUGGGUUUGGGGAGAAAGACAGAAAUGACAUACUGGUGUCAUGUGGCCUUACUGAGAUGAGAGAGCACCUUUGAGGCUUGUGACUUGCCGGCCUCUGCUUGUGAAUUAUGGCUGCCCCCUGCAGCCAACUUGCUACUCAAGGUCAGCAUCCUCCCAUCACCCCGAGGCUGUAGGGAAGAAAAGAGCCUUUGCAUUCUCUCGAGAUAAUUUAGAGUCAUUUUUAGGAACUGCUACUGCCUAUGUGGCUAGUCCCUUUGGAAUUAUUGAGCCCUGAGCAUGAAUGUGACAUCUGUGUAUUGGUUUAUUUUCUAAGGUUUGAUCGCCCCUUAUUGAUUUAUCCUCUAGGGUGCAAUCACUCCUGGAACGUUAACUAUGGUCAUCUCAGCAGAGAGAAGUAGCCAGUCUGGAGAAGGAAGUUAGUUCAAAGUGGUGAGGACACCUACCUAUUUUGAAAAGAGGAGGCAAUGAUAGUAACCAUGGAGGCAAAUUUCUGUCCAAAGAUUUUGUUCGUUUGGCAUUAUUGUUAGCAUUUCCCUUAUCUGGUGAAAUAUCCUGGACAUUCAUCGACUCGGGUUUUGUCAUACCAAAAAAAAAAAAAAAAAAUUCACAAUGCCCAGUGGCCACUUCAGCUACCAUCCCGACAUCCCUGUGUUUACAUACUUUCAGAACCAAAAAUGACAGUCUAACAUAGGAUUCUUUCUUAUGAGUUUUGUUUUUGUUUAGGUGAAAGUUCUUACAAGGCAUAAAAAUUAAAUGGUCUUCCAGUACUCAUCGAAUGCACCACUUUCACUGAAAACAAAGAAAUCUCACUGAAUCAAACUCUUCCAGGAAAUCUGGGGUAUGGGGUCACUCCUGUAUGAGCUCCCCUUCUCUGGUACUUGGAGCCAUUAAGACAAUAUCUGGGAGCAUUUUUAUAUCCUGUCACUUACAUUUUCUUUUUCUUUUUUUGUCCUUAUUUUUGUCUCUGCCUCUUUGUACUUGUGCAUAUAUACACUCUUUUCUCAUCUUCUUUUUCCUCUUUUUUCCUCCUCUUUUCUUUCCCCAUCCUCACCUGUUUUCAAUUCUUAUAAGACCAUCUUCAGGACAAAAAAAAAAAA